AUGUCUAAUGGCAUUCUCCAAGUAAAAGGCGAGCAAAUCGUCGAUGCCUCCGGUAAACCAGUCAUACUUCGUGGAGCUGGUUUGGGAGGAUGGAUGAAUAUGGAGAAUUUCAUAACCGGUUAUCCAGGUCACGAGCAUCAACAUCGAGCUGCCAUGUUAAAAGUUCUUGGGAAGGAGAAAUAUGAAUUCUUCUUUGAUAAAUUCCUAGAUUAUUUCUUCAUGGAAGAUGAUGCCAAAUUCUUUGCCAGUUUGGGAUUGAAUUGCUUACGUUUGCCAUUUAAUUAUCGACAUUUUGAAGAUGAUAUGAAUCCUAGAGUUUUGAAAGAAAGUGGCUUCAAACAUUUGGAUCGUGUUAUUGAGCUUUGCGCCAAACAUAAUAUUUACACAAUCCUCGAUAUGCACACGGUGCCUGGUGCCCAAAAUCCAGACUGGCAUUCUGAUAAUACAUCCAACUAUGCCUCAUUUUGGGAUCACAAAGAUCAUCAAGACCGUACCAUAUGGCUUUGGUCACAAAUCGCUACCCGCUACCGCGAUAACCCCUGGAUAGCAGGCUAUAAUCCAAUCAACGAACCCUGUGAUCCAUUGCACCACCGUCUUCCAGAAUUCUACACUCGCUUUGAAUCCAAAAUCCGUCAAAUAGACCCUUCACACAUCCUUUGGCUCGACGGAAACACCUUCGCAAUGGAGUGGAAAUCCUUCGAUACCAUCCUCCCCAACUGCGCCUAUGCCCUCCACGAUUACUCUUCCAUGGGUUUCCCCACCGGCACCCCAUUCAUCGGCUCCCCCUCCCAAAUCACCCAUCUCGAAUCCAGUUUCCUUCGUAAAUGCACCUUUAUGAGAGACCGCAACGUCCCAAGCUGGAACGGCGAAUUCGGACCCGUCUACGAAGACUCCUCACUCGAGCCUAACGCCUCAGAAAUAAACGCCCAACGCUACUCCCUCCUAGGCGCCCAACUAAAAAUCUACGAUAAAUACCAAAUCCCCUGGUGCAUAUGGCUAUACAAAGAUCUCGGACUCCAAGGCAUGGUAACCACCUCUCCCACAUCUCCCUAUCACAGCCUGAUCAACGCAUUCCUCCGAAAGAAACGAGCGCUCCAACUCGACGCUUGGGGAUCCCCAGCCUCGGAAUCGUUGGAUAAGGCGUUAAAUCCCUUAAUCAAAUGGAUCGAGGAAAAUGCCCCCAAAGCAAAAGAACAAUAUCCCACGCCUUGGGGUGUCCAGAGACAAGUUUUAAGAGGCAUCAUACAAACUUAUGUAGCGAGUAGUUUUGCAGAUGAGUUUGCGGAGCUUUUUAGAGGGUUGGGAGAGGAGGAAUUGGAGGCUUUGGCGGCGAGUUGGAAGUUUGAAAAUUGUGUGAGGAGAGAGGGCUUGAAUAAGGUGUUGAGUGAUUUUGCGGAGGGGAGAAGGAAAGCUGAAGACGAGUGA